AUGUUUCCGGGACGUUCGCCUAUGGACGUAGUUGCUGUGGUUGACCCUGCCGCUGCUAACUUGGCCGCUUGGAAACGAGCAACUAUGCAAGCACCAAACAAUUAUGCUCCCGCAGCUGUCGAUUGUCCCUCGACACGACCGACGAUAAGACUUGCUGGAUCGCUCUCAGACAACGAGACAGCUUGGUUAGAAGUUAGGCGAAACAACACGAUUUGGGCAAUGCGGAACUUCCUUGGACGCGCAAACAUCACAGGACUUGAUACCAAUGCCUACAUCGACAACAUUGCUCGUAACGCUAGUGAAUUACCAAACAUUGGCAUUGCCAUCUCUGGUGGGGGUUAUAGGGCCUUGAUGAAUGGUGCCGGCGCUCUUGCAGCGUUUGAUAAUCGGACUACAAACUCAACCAAUCAAGGUCAACUGGGAGGCCUUUUACAAGCUACAACAUAUUUAACUGGACUGUCUGGAGGUAGCUGGCUAGUUGGAAGUCUCUAUGUCAAUAAUUUUACGUCCGUACAAGAUAUCAUCAAUACGGGUUCCUUGUGGCAGUUCGAUAAUUCUAUUCUUAAAGGACCAACUACUUUAAGUACCACAGAUUACUACAACACUCUUUACAAUGAUGUCAAUAGCAAAGCCGACGCUGGGUUUAACACUACAAUCACGGAUUACUGGGGACUUUCUUUGUCUUUUCAGUUGGUCAACCCUACCAAUGGCGGUCCAGCUUACACCUUCUCAUCUAUCGCCGAUGACCCAGGAUUCGCAGCUGCCAAUGAACCCAUGCCUAUCAUAGUCGCUGAUGAAAGAGCACCUGGCCAACUACUAAUCCCCGCCAAUACCACCAUAUACGAAUUUAACCCCUGGGAAAUUGGGACAUUUGAUCCCACGACGUUUGGAUUUGCCCCUCUUCGUUAUGUGGGCUCCAAUUUCAGCGGCGGUGUUCUCCCUCCCAGCGAAGCAUGUGUCCGAGGCGUUGACAACGCUGGCUUUGUUAUGGGGACGUCAUCUUCGCUUUUCAACCAGCUCUACCUAACGGUUAAUGCGACAUCUGGUGUUUCAGACAGAGUUAGGAGUUCAAUCAGCAAUAUUCUUCAAAAUGUUGGUGAAAGCAACAGUGAUAUCGCAGACUGGCCGAACCCGUUCUAUGGUUAUAAUAACAAGACGAACCUGAACUCUCAGAGCAAGAGUCUGACUCUCGUGGAUGGCGGCGAGGACCUUCAGAACAUUCCUCUCCAUCCUCUACUUCAACCGAUCCGCCACGUUGAUAUUAUCUUUGCAGUUGACGCCUCAGCUGACACUUCUGCGAAUUGGCCAAAUGGCACCGCAAUGGUGGCGUCGUUUCAACGGUCACUUAACACCUCGCUGGAAAAUGGCACGGUAUUUCCGUCUAUCCCAGAUCAGAACACUUUCAUCAAUCUAGGACUGAACACCCGUCCGACGUUCUUUGGAUGCAAUGCCAGCAAUAUGACUGGACCAAGUCCUCUCAUAGUGUAUCUGCCGAACCAUCCAUAUGUAUACUACUCGAAUGUCUCAACCUUCGACCUGAGCUACAAUAAUACGGAACGCAAUAAUAUCAUCCAAAAUGGCUACGAUGUAGCUACGAUGGGCAAUGGCACUGUGGAUGAACAGUGGCCUACAUGCGUGGGAUGUGCAAUUCUAUCCAGAAGCCUGAGUCGGACUGGGACCAACGUUCCUGACGUCUGUGCUCAAUGCUUCAAUAGGUAUUGCUGGAAUGGUACUGUCAACUCCACUACACCAGCUCCAUAUGAGCCAAUCACUGUUCUCAAGUAG